UUCAGCAGACAGCCAUCAAAAUAGCUUCCGUUUUCUGAAGAUGCCUCUGAAAUGUCCGCCAUUUUAGCUCAGCAUUCAAAACUCAAAAGUUUUUCGGGGGGGAGAAAGAUGUUAAUUCGAACUAGCUGUCAUUCUGGAACAACCGUGUCAAAUUUGACAAUUUAUAAUAUAAUUUGAUAAGCCUUGUAUGCAAAAUGCCAAAAUAGCUUUAAGAUUGAUGGAAAUUGUGAUCUUACUGAACAGGUCUUCAUUUGAAUAAAGCCCAUUCAGCAGAAUUACGAUAAUUUUUUUUCUUUUGAUUCUCUCGAAUCAUCAAUCACAUAUUCUACAUUUCCCCUCCUGCUAAAGUUGGGAUCGAAGAAAGACGUCUGUCUUCAACUGGGAGGUAGCUCAUUGCGAUAUAAACUAUUUAUAUAAUCGCAAUGGCAGACAAAGCAAGCGGCGACAAAGCAGGAGAGAAGAAUUUCUUUGCACGGACAGCAAAAAACACAACUAAAAGAGCCAAACGAGCACAGGAAAAGGUUAAAAGAAAGCUCGGAAAAUCUGAUGAGACCAAAGAUGAAAUAUUCGAUCGUUUUGUCGAUAACUUUAACAAACAACAGGAUGCAGUGCAACGGUUGCAAAAAGAACUCAAGAAUUAUAUAAACUGUCUAAAAGCAAUGCUGAAUGCAAACCAACUAUUUGGAGAAGCUGUCAAGCAGGUUUACGAGCCUGAUUGGUCAGGUCGGGAAAAGUUUGUCAAACUAUUGGAUACAUUGGACCACAGUUGGACAAACUUGGUGCAGCAACUUCAAGAUGAAGUUUUGGAGCCACUGACGUCCUAUCAAGUACAGUUCCCCGAAACAAAAAUUCGUAUUGCUAAACGAAGUCGCAAAGUGGUUGACUAUGACAGGCAUCGACAUCAUUUGGAGACCCUAAAAGUCAAAGGUGGAAAGACUGGUGAACCUAAGAAAUUAUCUCAGGCAGAAGAAGACUACAAUCAAGCGAAAAACGCUUAUUUACAGCUUCAUUCAGACCUGUACGAGGAGCUGCCAGCAUUAUAUGACAGUCGCAUAUCCAUCUAUGUAUCGUCAUUUCAAAGUAUUUUCACUGCUGAAGGAGUUUUCCAUCGAGAAACUUCAAAGAUCAAAACUGAAAUGAAUGACUUGCUGGACGUUUUGGCGAAGGAAACAUCAGCAGGAGCCUACUCUACACGACGCCCUCUCAGUGGAAUUAGCAAUAUAUCUUCCGAUGGUGACAGCUCCCCUGAAAACUUUGUUAAAUGCGAUCAGAAUGAUGGCAAAGCGGCGAAAGAAGAUAACACGGAUGAAAAUUCUGAAAAUGAAACGUCAGAAAAUGGAGAAGCUAACGAUGAGAUAGACAAAGUACCACCAGACAGGUCUCCGGCGGAAGUCGAAACAAAAAAUGAUAUCCCCCCACCGCGACCUCCGGCGGUUAAAACAAAGCCUGUGGAAAGGCCUCCAUCACCAAACAUUCCAGAGGUUGUUGACACACCUGAAUCUAUCCAAAACGAAGAGAAAACUGAGUCAACUGAUACUACAAAGGUUGAAGACACUUCUGAGAUUGAAACGGGGGUUACAAGUGAAAAAGAUAACGGCGAACAUAAUGACGGGGCAAAAGAUGAUGGCGCGAAAGAUGACGGCGAAAAGAAUGACAGCGAAAAAGAAGACGGCGCAAAAGAUGAUGGCCCUAGAAAUGACGGGAAAACAGAUGACGGCGAGAAAGAAAAGGAUGUCGAAGAAAAACAAACCGACGUUGACUUAUCCCGGGUGCUUUACAAAGUCGAGGCCACUCAUCCCUACACUGGAGAAGAUGACGAUGAGUUGACAUUCGAGAAGGGAGAUGUUAUUCAAGUUAUCCCGUACACUGAAAACGAUGAUCCGGAUGAGGGGUGGUUAUUGGGUGUUCUAGAGAGUACGAGAGUUAAAGGCGUUUUUCCUGAGAACUUUACGAAGAGAGUGGAAGAGUAAACCAUGAAAUAGUUUCUGGCGUAUUUUAAAAGGGAAGUUCUCGGGUGGAAGAAGUCCUGUUUCAAAGAUCAAAUCUUCAAUGUUUAUAACGAAAACAAUGUAAUUGUAAGUGAUUAAGUUAUACCUGUGAUUCUGGAUUCCAUUUUGUUUUUCCUUUGAAGGAACGUGAUGAGGGUAAGCAAUGCUUGAAAUUUAUAAUCAUACUUAUAAAACUAAUAUUCAUCUAAAGCGAGGUGGAUGUCUGCUCCAGAUGAAGCCGAGGUUCUUUUUCAGUGAUAUUCAGUCAAUUCUAUUUGAGAAUCGAACCAUUCUUAAGUAGGGUCUAUAAUUACAAAAGAUGCAUGCUUUUUACAACUAAAAAUGUCAGUGUGUUAUUUAUUCUAAAAUCUUGUUUUCGUUCUGUGGCGUUUUGUAACGAUGUGGUGUAUAUCGGCUUGAAUCUGGACCAAAAACAUGCACUCAAUUAACUGAUUUAGUAUGUGUGAAUAAAAUAUAAUUAUAUAGAUUUCUUAUUUAGUAAAGAUGGCAAACUUUGAGUCAGAUAACACGAUAGAGUUACAUAGGAUGUACAUAAAUCUUCUUUAUUGUAGCGGUGAAUCUGACAUUCCUGAAAGUAACCGACAUAAUUGUAAACAUGCUGGUCGUGUUAACUUAAAUGGUUAUUACAGUAGGGGAAAAGUUUUUGUCACUUAGAGAUACUUCAUGAGAAACUACAUGUGAUCGUUUAGUUAUACCAGGUCUCCCCCAAGAAGUAACCUCUUUAAAUCAGACAUUUGUUUGCGAACAUGUCUAUAGUUAUACCUUCGGAGAUUUACUAGAGCUUUCAACACGAAUGUAGCAAUACAAAAAAGUCAAAUCACAAACUCUUCGUACAGAGCAAUGGAUAUUUGUCUUCUAUAGGAGAAAAACAUUACUUUUUUUGUGUGUGAAAUCUUUAUUUUCGCAGUGUUAUAUGUUACUUGGCCGAUCGGGAAGUUACAGUAAUUCUAAUAUUCACUUUGAGUUUCAAGAAGUGUCACGGCGCACGUUCAAAACAAAGGUCUAUUUAUAACUGAGGGUACUUCAUUGGGAUACCCUGUAUUAUCGUCACUUAUAGCAUUUUACUUAGCUAUAAACUGUUUUAUUUAGUUGUUUUCCUUAACAAAUAAAAUUGAUUUAUGAAGACA